AACUCCGCUCACUUCCUGUUUCCGUCAACACACGUGUGUGCAUGAGGAAAGGUGGAACGAUAAACCCGGGGGGUAGAACGUUGACAGAGUCCGUUAAGAACCCAAUUCUUCCCCGUGUCUCGGUACCGCAGCGGGGUCCGCCAUGUUGGAACAACUGGGUCUGAUCGGGACCAUGAGAGACGAGGACCAGAGUCCGGAGGAGCCCGACACCGAGUCCGACCAGGAGGGGGAAAAGAUCAUCCUGAACAGGAAGAAGAAACUCAAGAAUAUUGGUUCCAAAGACUUUAACGCUAACUUUGAAUUUGGAGAGAGAGACAGCCUGACCUCCCGUGGUGAGGACUGGGCGAUGGCUGACGUCAUGAAACAGCUGAAGAAAAAGAGAAUUGUGACAACUCUGGAUCAGAAAAUAGAGAAAGUCAGGAAGAAGAGGAAAGCUGACGAGAAAUUGUCUCAGGGUGAAGGUUCUGCAGUGAAGGACGAGGAGGCGGAGGAGGAUGGAGAGCAGCAAGUGAAGCCUGCUGAGGCUGAUAGCGGUGAUGAAGAUGAUGAGGAGGAGGACGAGGAAGAGGACGAUGAAGAUGAAUUUGACUCGAGUGAUGAGGAGAUUCUGACCAAAUCAGACGUCCUGAGAGAGAAAGAACGGCGUGGGAGGAAGAGGAAAGCUGAAGAAGAGCCUGCAGAGUCUUUCUAUGAAGACGCGUCUCAGUACGAUGAUCAGCUGACCUUUGAUGACAUGAACCUUUCCAGACCCAUCCUGAAGGCCAUCACAGCCCUGGGCUUCAGGCAGCCGACUCCGAUCCAGCAGGCCUGUGUUCCUGUCGGCCUGCUGGGCAGAGACCUCUGCGCCUGCGCUGCUACUGGGACAGGGAAGACGGCAGCCUUUGUGCUGCCCGUGUUGGAGCGUUUGGUUUACAAGCCUAGGACGUCCCAGGUGACCCGGGUCUUGAUUCUAGUUCCGACCAGAGAGUUGGGUAUCCAGGUUCACUCUGUGGCUCGUCAGCUCGCACAGUUCACCUCCAUCACCACCUGCCUGGCUGUUGGUGGGUUGGACCUGAAGUCUCAGGAGGCGGCUUUGAGGGCGGGGCCAGAUGUCCUGAUCGCCACACCUGGUCGACUGAUCGAUCACCUCCACAACACACCAACCUUCGAGCUCACUCACAUCGAGAUCCUGAUCCUGGACGAGGCCGACAGGAUGUUGGACGAGUACUUUGAGGAACAGAUGAAGGAGAUCAUCAGGAUGUGUUCCUAUACCAGACAGACCAUGUUGUUCUCCGCCACCAUGACAGACGAGGUGAAAGACCUGGCAGCUGUUUCAUUGAAGCAGCCAAUCAGGAUCUUCGUCAACAGCAACACAGAUGUGGCUCCGUUCCUACGACAAGAAUUUGUCCGAAUUCGACCGAACAGAGAGGGGGACAGAGAGGCUGUGGUUUCCGCUCUUCUGACUCGGACAUUCCAGGAUCACGUGAUGGUUUUCACUCAGACGAGGAAACAGGCUCAUAGACUUCACAUCCUGCUGGGUCUGAUGGGACUAAAGGUUGGAGAACUGCACGGAGAACUGAGCCAGAGCCAGAGACUGGAGAACCUCAGGCGAUUUAAAGAUGAUCAGAUCGAUAUCUUGGUGGCGACAGAUGUUGCAGCCAGAGGUCUGGACAUCGACGGAGUCAAAACGGUGAUAAACUUCACCAUGCCGUCCACAGUCAAACAUUACGUCCACCGUGUCGGACGAACUGCGAGAGCCGGUCGCUCCGGACGUUCGGUGUCUCUUGUCGGAGAGACUGAGAGGAGGACAUUGAAGGAAGUGGUGAAGUCUGCCAAGAACAGCGUGAAAGCUCGAGUACUGCCGCCAGAUGUCAUCCUGAAGUUCAGAGAUCUGAUCUCUAAACUGGAGAAGGACGUGGAAGCAGUGGUGAGGCUGGAGAGAGAGGAGAGGGAGCUGGCUGCAUCUGAGGCCAAGUUGAGUGUGGCUCAGAAGCGUCUCGACGGCCCAACUUCUUCUGAUCAAUCACAGAGAGUUUGGUUUCAAACUCAACAAGAGCGAAAACAGAGUCGCAUGUCCAAGGCUCUGCAGGAGUUCGAUCUCGCUCUCAGAGGGAAGAAGAAGAGAGAAAAGUUUGUGAAGGACGGCAUGAAGAGAAAGGAGCUGACGUCUGAGGAGCGCUCUCAGUUCGAGAUCUUAAAGGCCCAGAUGUUCGCUGAGCGGGCGGCCAAGAGAGAGAGACGACCGAAGAGAGCAAGAGCGAUGCCCGAGGACGAGGCUCCGGCUAAAGCUGUCAAUCAAAAAGGAGGAAAGGGAGGCAAGAAGUCAGCUUUUGAUAAAGAACUGACCAACACCAGCAACAAGGCUCUGAAACACUACAGAGCUGGACCCUCCUUUGCUGACAGGAAGCGGCUUGGAAUGGGCAAGAAGUCUCCUGGCGGCUCCAGGUUCAAGAAAAAGAAAAAGUGAGAGCCAAGAUGGCCGCCUUCAGCAUCAUGAAUUUUUCACGUUGUCUCUGUCUAAAUUUUGGUCCGGUUGUGUUCAUGAAAGAGCUUUCAAUAAAGAGUCAUUCUGUUUAAAAUACAA